GAAACACAGGAAUACACACGAAAUGUUGUCAGAUACUGCCUUGAAGCACUUCAGGACUGGUUUGAUGCAAUCAACUUUGUAGAUGAGCCAGCUCCUAACCAAGUUACUUUUCAUUUGCCACUGCACCGUUACUUUGCCAUGUUUUUAAGUAAGGCUGUCAAAUGCCAAGAACUAGAUCUGGAUACUAUCUUACCAGAUCAGGAGAUGCUGAUGAAACUGAUGAUUCACCCACUUCAGAUACAGGCAAGUCUUUCUGAAAUUCACAGCAACAUGUGGGUUAGAAAUGGUCUACAAAUUAAAGGACAGGCCAUGACUUAUGUGCAAUCUCAUUUCUGCAAUUCGAUGAUUGACCCUGACAUUUAUCUGCUGCAAGUCUGUGCCUCUAGGCUGGACCCAGAUUAUUUUAUUUCAUCUGUUUUUGAAAGAUUUAAGGUGGUAGAUCUGCUAACCAUGGCGUCACAGCAUCAAAAUACAGUUCUUGAUUCAGAGCAUGAAAGGUCCAUGUUGGAAGGAGCCUUAACGUUUUUGGUCCUUCUGUUAAGUCUUCGUUUACAUUUAGGAAUGACAGAUGAUGAGAUCCUCAGAGCAGAGAUGGUAGCUCAACUCUGUAUGAAUGACAGGACACACAGUUCUUUAUUGGAUCUCAUUCCAGAAAACCCCAAUCCUAAAAGUGGUAUUAUUCCAGGAAGCUUAAGCUUUGAAUCAGUCUUGUCAGCAGUUGCUGAUUUUAAAGCUCCUGUUUUUGAACCGGGAGGUUCCAUGCAACAAGGAAUGUAUACACCUAAAGCUGAAGUUUGGGAUAAGGAAUUUGACCCUGUCAUGGUAAUACUUCGGACAGUUUACCGUAGAGAUGUGCAGUCUGCAAUGGACAGAUACACAGCAUUUUUAAAGCAAAGUGGUAAAUUCCCUGGGAACCCGUGGCCUCCUUACAAGAAAAGAACACCACUACAUCCAAGUUACAAAGGCCUCAUAAAACUUUUACACUGUAAAACCCUCCACAUUGUGCUGUUCACACUUCUUUACAAGAUAUUAAUGGAUCAUCAGAAUUUAUCAGAACAUGUGCUUUGCAUGGUUUUGUAUUUGAUUGAACUGGGGUUGGAAAAUUCUCCAGAACAAGAGUCAGAUGAAGAGGAAUCUGCAGGUGGACAAGAGCGUUGUCAUGAUAGUUGGUUUCCAGGUAGUAACUUGGUUUCUAACAUGCGUCACUUCAUUAACUAUGUCCGAGUAAGAGUACCAGAAACUGCUCCAGAGGUGAAAAGGGAACCACCUGCGAGUACAAGUUCUGAUGGUUUAGCUUCAUCACAAAGUUCAAGGCGGAAGAGCCUCCAGAGAGAGAACCCGGGAACAGCUCAAGUGUUCAGUUUGGUUGCAGAACGUAGAAAGAAAUUUCAGGAGAUCAUCAACCGGAAUACCAGUGAGGCAAAUCAAGUGGUUCGGCCCAAAACUUCAAUGAAGUGGUCAGCACCUGGUGCAACUCCACAGCUAACCACAGCCAUUCUAGAAGUCAAGGAAAGCAUACUGUCCUUGUUGAUUAAAUUGCAUCACAAACUCUCAGGAAAACAAAACUCUUACUAUCCUCCUUGGUUGGAUGAUGUGGAUGUUUUAAUCCACUCAGAAAUUCCAAGAUACUCUCACGGUGAUGGAAUGACGGCAGUGGAAAGAAUUUUAUUGAAAGCUGCUGUACAGAGCAGAUUGAAUAAACGUAUAAUUGAAGAGAUCUGCAGAAAAGUGACACCUCCUGUACCACCAAAAAAGAUUAGUUCUGCAGAGAAGAAAACUUUGGAUAAAGAAGAAAGACGACAGAAGGCCAGAGAAAGGCAACAGAAAUUAUUGGCUGAAUUUGCCUCAAGGCAGAAAAGCUUCAUGGAAACCGCCAUGGAUGUUGAAUCGCCAGAUGCUGAUAUCGCCAUGGAGGUAGCUACAUCAGAACAGCAUGUUUCUGAGGCAAUAUAUGAUUGUGUUAUUUGUGGACAAAGUGGUCCUUCUACUGAAGACAGACCUACAGGGCUAGUUGUACUAUUACAAGCAUCCUCAGUGUUGGGACAAUGCCGCAAUAGCACUGAGCCAAAGAAACUACCAACUGCUGAAGAGGAGCAAAUAUACCCUUGGGAUACCUGUGCAGCACUGCAUGAUGUGAGGCUUACAACUUUGCAGCGGUACUUUAAAGAUAGUUCCUGUCUGCAAGCAGUGUCAAUAGGGUGGGAAGGAGGCGUUUAUGUACAAACUUGUGGUCACACUUUACACAUAGAUUGUCACAAAUCUUACAUGGAAUCUUUACGGAAUGACCAGGUCCUCCAGGGUUUUUCAGUGGACAAAGGAGAAUUUACCUGUCCCCUCUGUAGGCAGUUUGCUAACAGUGUUCUUCCUUGUUAUCCUGGAAACAAUGUGGAAAGAAGCCUUUGGCCAAGUCAUAGUAACAAGCAUAUCCAAGAUCUUGUACAAGAGGUGGAAGAUCUUCAAGAACAGCUGGGAACUUUCCCAGUAAGCAUCAGUUCUGAAACCAAUCUCAGUAAAGAAAUGGAAUCUGUGAUGAAAGAUAUAAAAAGUACCACACAGAAGAAGUAUACAGAUUAUAGUAAGAGUCCUGGAUCACCUGACAAUGAUUUUCUGUUUAUGUAUUCAGUAGCCAGAACAAACUUGGAACUUGAGCUGGUCCAUCGAGGAGGCAAUUUAUGUUCAGGAGGUGCAAGCACAGCUGGGAAAAGAUCAUGUUUAAAUCAGCUGUUCCACGUGUUGGCCAUGCACAUGCGCCUCUACAGUAUAGACUCUGCAUACAAUCCCUGGAGAAAACUAACACAGCUGAUGCAGGAUAAAAAUUCAGAACUGAUAAGUGAAGAGCUGCCAGAAGUUCCUGUGCUUUACAGAGAUGUCUCAUCCCUUUUGCUUAUCCAGAUUUUAACCAUGCCUCAACCAUUGCACAAAGAACACUUUACCUGCAUUAUAAAAGUGCUGUUCACUUUACUGUAUACUCAAGCCUUGGUAGCACAUUCUGUUAAAUGCAGUGCUGAAGAUAGGAUGGCAUGGAAAGAGUCAGGAGCCCUCAAAAAGAAUACAUCCAGUGGAGAAAGAUCAUGGGAAGUAUUGCUGGGACAUGUGAUUAGUGAGCUGUCUAAGGGAAAGAUAUAUGAAGAAGGAGAGACUGAAGAAUUAACAGUGGUAAAUCCUGAUUCUGUAGAGUGCUAUCUGCAGCAGUUCUGCCUGCCUUUCCUCAGGAUCACAAGCCUUCUUCAACACCAUCUUUUUGGAGGGGAUUUACCUAGUUGCCAGGAAGAUGAAGAAUUCACAGUUCUUGCAAGCUGCCUGGGACUGUUACCAUCUUUUCAGUCGGCUCAUGAGUUCACCAGUGCCUCUUGUCUCGACUGGCCAGUGCCAGCAUUUGAUAUGAUAUCACAGUGGUGCUCAGAAUUGGCUUCAUUUGCAGACAGACAUUCAGAUCAAGUAAAGGCUUUGCUUAUCCAGGAACCUAAGUGGGACUUGCCACGCCUCCUUCAGUUGCCUGAGAAUUAUAAUACCAUUUUUCAGUAUUAUCACAGAAAGACUUGUACUGUUUGUACCAAGGUUCCUAAAGAUCCUGCUGUUUGUCUAGUUUGUGGUACUUUUGUAUGCUUGAAAGGACUGUGCUGCAAACAACAGAGUUACUGUGAAUGUGUACUGCAUUCUCAAAACUGUGGAGCUGGGACAGGAAUAUUUCUUUUGAUUAAUGCAUCUGUAAUCAUCAUCAUACGAGGCCACCGUUUCUGCCUUUGGGGUUCUGUUUAUCUAGAUGCACAUGGUGAAGAAGACAGAGAUCUUAGGCGUGGUAAACCUCUUUACAUAUGCAAGGAAAGAUACAAAGUGCUUGAGCAGCAGUGGGUGUCUCAUACUUUUGAUCAUAUCAAUAAAAGAUGGGGGCCACAUUAUAAUGGCUUGUAAAUAAUCAUCAUCUACACACCAUAUCAUUGCUGUUACCAUGAAUGAAUGCAUCUUGACUGACAAUAGCUUUAACUGAAUGGGAGUUUGGCUCUUUGGCUCGGGGUGGAGUGGGGUAAGGGCGUAAAAGGGAAAUGGAACUUUGUCAGCAUGUGAAAUUUUUGCAAAAUUAGCUGCUGUUGCUACUAAACGAUGAUACAAUAAUUAAAUCCUCAAAAUGGUGUGAGCAAUCUGAUUGCACUCAGUAGUCCAUUUUUCUUUUGUUUUUUAAAGCCCAUUAUUGUUAAGAAGCACAAAUUUUACUUACAGUUGUUUAGAGGCUCCAGAGAUAGCUGUCAGGUUUUUAUUUUUCUCUGCAUGGAGUUGAGUUUUUAGCAAUUUUUGCUGAAACAGUGUAUAUGUCUACUACAUCUACUAAAUAUGUUGGAUAAAA